AUGCUCUACGGAGACUACCUUCAGAUCGACAAACUGCUUUCCUGCCAGGAGCCGGUGACUCGCAUGGCUGGCAAUGAAGUCCACGAUGAGCAUCUUUUUAUCAUCACGCACCAGGCGUAUGAGCUGUGGUUCAAACAGAUUAUCUUUGAGAUUGACUCCGUCAGGGAGAUUAUGACCAAUCGCAUUCGAGAUGAGGCCAACCUGCUCAUUGUCACCUCUCGACUUAACCGAGUUGUGCUCAUUUUAAAACUUCUCGUCGAUCAGGUGACCAUUCUCGAGUCAAUGACGCCGCUGGACUUUAUGGAGUUUCGAGACUUUCUCUCGCCGGCGUCCGGCUUUCAGUCGGUGCAGUUCCGCCUGCUGGAGAACAAACUGGGCGUCCGUAAUGACCUGCGCACCAACUACGGCAAGUCAAACUAUUUAAAAAUAUUCGAAGACCAAGAAGUGAUCAGCAUCAUCAAACAGUCAGAGGAUGACUUUUCGCUGUGCGACCUGCUGCAGCAGUGGCUGGAGCGCACUCCCGGCCUGGAGGAGGAGGACUUCUGCUUCUGGGAGAAGUACCGGGGGGCAGUGUCCAGUCUGCUCGACGACAAGAAGGCCGAGGCGGAAUCGCAGGCGGACGAGGCUGAGAAGGCACUCCAGCUCAGUGAGUGGAAACGCAAACAGGAGCUCUUUGAGUCGGUUUUUGACGUGAAGAAGCACAACGCUCUAGUGGCUCGAGGUGACCGGCGAUUCAGCCACAAGGCACUCCAGGGAGCGCUGAUGAUUUCGCUGUACCGCGAUGAGCCACGCUUCAAUCAGCCCUUUCAAAUUCUCCUCCUUCUGAUGGACAUUGACUCGCUGAUCACUAAGUGGCGAAGCAAUCACGUGGAAAUGGUUCUGCGUAUGAUUGGUAGCUCUCAGUUUGGCACCGGCGGCUCCAGUGGUUAUCAGUAUCUCCGCUCCACGCUGAGUGACCGGUACAAGGUGUUUGUCGAUCUGUUCAAUUUGUCCACUUUUCUCAUUCCUCGACAUGCCAUACCGCCACUGUCAACGCUUAUGAAGAAGCAACUUUCAUUGCGAAACGAUGGCAACAGCAGUGAUGGCCAUGCUUGGUCUUGCAAAACAGAAGAUGAAGCUAAUGCCGCUAAAUAG